GAAAAAAGAACGUAACAUAUGGCGGAAGCUGUUGUGUCCAAUGUUGCAGCAAGACUUGGCGAGUUAGUAACUCAAGAAGCAAAAUUCUUGUGGGGGGUGGAGGACCAAGUUAAGCGUUUGCAAACGGAGCUCGUUUGGAUGAAGAGCUUCUUGAAAGAGGCAGAUUCGAGACAAGCUGAAGAUGAGAGGGUUCGUUUGUGGGUUACUGAAAUUAGAGAUAUUGCUUAUGAUGCUGAGGAUGUCAUUGAAACGUUUGCUCUCAAAAUUGCAUCCAAAAGGAGGGGAGGUAUUUCCAAUGUCAUCAAAAGAUCUGCUUGCAUCUUCAAAGAAGGAUGGAUGCUCCACAAGGUCAGGUCAGACAUUGAAGGAAUCAUAAGCAGAACCACUGACUUGGUUCGACGGUUACAGUCCUAUGGAAUAAAAGAAUUGUCGGAUGGAGCAAGCUCAAGUUCUUCAUCUAAGAGGCAACAGUUAAGGCAGUCUUACCCUCAUAUGAAGGAACCCAAUGCUGUUGGGUUGGAUAACGACAUAAAAGAAUUGGUCUCGGUUCUUGUAGAUGAGGGAAGACAUUUCCGCGUUGCUUCCAUAUGUGGCAUGGGUGGUCUAGGAAAGACUACUCUGGCUAAGAAGGUUUACCAUCAUGCUCAAGUGAGAAAUCAUUUCAAGCACUUUGUUUGGGCGUACAUUUCUCAGCAAUGCCAAAGAAGAACUGUGUGGAAAGGAAUUUUAUCCAGCCUAGGACUUAUAGAUGAGAAGGGUGGGAUAUUGCUAGACAUGGGAGAUCAAGAUCUGGCUGCAAAAUUGUAUGAAUUCCUGAAAGAAAACAAAUGUCUAGUGGUACUUGAUGACAUUUGGACAACUGAAGAUUGGGAUGCUAUUAGCCCAGCCUUCCCAAUGGAGGAGGAGACAGGUAGCAAAAUACUGCUCACCUCUCGUAACCAGGAUGUAGCUCGGCAUGCAGACCCAAGAGGUUGCCUCCAUGAACUACAGUGCUUGACGAAUGAUGAAGGUUGGAAAUUGUUCCAACAUAUAUGUGAUUCUGCAGGCUAUGUAAUUGAGGAAAAAAUGGAAGAGUUGGGAAAAGACAUGGUUAAACAGUGUGCUGGAUUGCCAUUAGCCAUUGUUGUUCUAGGAGGAAUUUUGGUUACAAAGCAUUCAUUAAAUAGUUGGCAAAUAGUGCAUGAAAAUGUGAAGUCAUACUUAAGAAAAGGUAGAAGUUGGGGAAUUUAUGAAGCAAUAGCUUUAAGUUAUGACAAUUUGCCAUCUUAUUUAAAACAAUGCUUUUUGUAUCUGAGUGUUUUCCCCGAAGAUUACAAGAUUCCUGUUGGUAAAUUAAUCAAAUUAUGGGUGGCAGAAGAUAUCGUGUCACUAGCAGAAAGUGAAGAAAAUCGAGAAGAAGUGAUGGAAGAUGUGGCAGAAGGCUACUUAAAUGAGCUUGUAGAAAGAUACAUGGUGCUAAUGGGAGAACGAGAUGUAAGCUCAAAGAUCAAAACAUGCUGGAUGCAUGAUCUUAUCAGAGAUUUCUGCUUGUUGAAAGCAAAACAAGAAAAUUUCAUCUACGUUCUUGAUCAUCUUCAAAUGGAGCAAGCUGAUGUUAGCUUCUUGUCCCCUACAAUUGGUAAAGUUCGCAGGCUUGGCAUUAAUGACUCCUUUCUGAUAUAUAAGAUUAAAAACCCACAUCUCAGAACUGCAUUGUUCUUUGAUCAAAACAUUGUGAUGGAGAUUUUGAAUAGGUCUCCGGUCUUGAAAUGGUUUCGGGGAAGAGAUUUUAAACAUAGUGAUGCAUUUUUAAUGCUUUAUGUCUACUAUAAGGUCAUACAUAAACCUCGAGGGUUAAGGAGAUACAUUUGCAACAAUUUCAAAUUGCUUAGAAUCUUAGAGUUUGGAGAUCAGGAUAUUCUAUUUUUUGGCAUAUUACUAAGUGAUAUAGGUAGUCUCGUCCAUUUGAGAUUUUUGAGUUUUGGGAAUUGUCUUUUCGUGGCAAUGUUGCCAUCAUUUAUAAGCAAAUUGAGGUGCUUGCAAACCUUGGAUCUAAGAAAUUGUGUUGGAGUUUAUGUACCUAAUGUUUUAUGGAAAUUGGAGGGGUUGAGACAUUUGUAUCUCCCUAAAGUGAUAGUUUGUAGUAAAACUAAGUUAAAAUUAGAUACUUUGAAAAAUCUACAAACGCUUGUGAAUUUCAACACCGAGAAUUGUUAUCUUGAAAAUAUUUACUGCAUGAAAUAUCUUAGAGAGUUGAGGAUAAUUACUCCCUUCAUUGUUGAAAACUUUAAGGAAGACUUGAAUUUGAACCCGCCGAUCAUCACAAGUAAACAUCUUCGAUCCUUGUCCAUUAUUAAGAAUGAUGAUGAUCAUGAAAGUAUAGAUCCAAGGCAUUUGACAUACUUGUUCUCUGGUUCCCUUAAUAUCUGUGAAUUGCAUUUAUCUGCCAAGAUAAGGAAGUUACCCGAACCUCAGCACAUCCCUUCAAAUAUUGCUCACAUUUACUUGGGUUGGGCUAGACUCGAUGAAGAUCCAUUGCCAACACUACAGAACCUACCAAAUCUAAGGAUUCUCGAAUUAGAAGAAAAUGCAUUCGUCGGGAAGGUGAUGAUUUGUUCCGCACAAGGUUUUCCUCUGCUCAACGCUUUGAGUAUUAUUUCUCAAAGUAAUUUAGAGGAGUUGAGGGUGAGUGAAGGAGCCAUGCCCAAUCUACACCAUCUGAGGAUUGUAAAUUGUAGAAUGUUGAAGAUGUUGCCGUUCAUCAGCACCCUCAAAGAAUUGAAGAUCGAAAAGAUGCCGAAAGCAUUCAAAGAUAAAUUGGUUGAAGGAGGAGAAGAUUCAUACAAAGUCCAACAUGUACCUUCUAUCAUAUUUCAAAAUUGUGAUGAUUGAAUUUAUGAUCAUCAGGUAAUCUUUUAUUACUUAUUUCUAAGCUUACUUUCUUUUGAAAUUAAGGAAUUGAAAUAGGAUUGAAUUAUGACCAUCAAAAUUUUUCUUUGGGCUAUUUUCGCGAGAAAAAUUUACUUUGGAAAUUGAUAUUGUGAUUGAUUUCCAUUCUCUUAAGAAAAUAAAAGACGAUUCUUUGC